AUGUCUCUAGCUUAUUGUAAACCUAUUCACUCGAUGUAUAUUUAUCCUACUUUUUUCUUUGCAUUUUCUGCAUUUCUUAAUUUUGCAUAUGCUCAAACUCCAGGUGUAAACAACACCAACCCCGACCCUGAUCAAAAUGCAACCACAACAGAUGAAGGAUCUGAUUCUUGCAGUGAUAAUGGUUAUAUAGCUGAAGAAUAUAAUUUAAGCCUUCAUAUUGCUUCAUUUUUUAUAAUUCUUGUAACAAGCUCAAUGGGAGCUGCUGAGGUCACUAAUAUCAGUCAACCAAAUGGGACUUUAGUUGUGCUAACUAAUAGUUCACAAACAAUCGGUGUAGUAGUUUUAGAAUUUGGUAUUUGCUUUCAUUCAGUAAUAAUUGGAAUGGCAUUGUCAGUUGCUAGUGGGACUGAGUUUAUCUCUUUAUUCUGUGCUUUAGUUUUUCAUCAGACAUUUGAAGGUUUGGGACUUGGUUCAAGAAUUGCAGCAUUAAAGUUACCAGAAGGCAGCUUUAAACCAUGGCUUAUGUCAUUAGCUUAUGGUGCUACAACUCCACUUGGAAUAGCUAUAGGUUUAAGUGUACGUGAAACAUAUAAUCCAUCGUCAUCAACUGCUCUCAUAGUACAGGGAGUUCUUGACGCAAUAUCUGCUGGAAUAUUGCUUUAUGCUGCAUUAGUUGAAUUGCUCGCAAGUGACUUCAUUUAUGGUUCCCAGUUUCGAAAAUACUCCACCCUUCAAAAAUUAUAUGCGUUUUUUCUUUUGCUUCUUGGUGCUGGAAUGAUGGCUUUGAUUG